CGCUGAACGCACUCCGACCCAUCGAGCCGCGUUGUGUGUUAGUGUGUGUGACAGUUCGCUGUCGUGUUUAUUUUACUACUAGGUUCCAUGAAGCGGCUGUCAUGCGCUUUGCGACACUGAUUGCACUCGUGCAGCUGUCGCUCGCUACAGCUGUUUCAGGAAACACACUCACAGCGGCUGAACUAAACCUUCAAUUGGCCGGAGAUGAGUUAUCUCCCUUCUACUCUUUCGAAUCCAGUGAUGAGAGCGGAGUGAACUUCAUUCGAGGGUCGAGAGCGGCAGACUCUCCUCUGUCGCCUGAUAUAAACGUGCAAUGUUCGGCAGAAUACAUCGAUGUUACAGUCGAGUUUGCAGAUGUCUUCGACGGAGUUGUGUACAGCAAGGGAUUCUUGAAUGAUCCCAGAUGCAAGUACAUAUCAGUUGGAGGCAGCCAGUCGCGUUACUCAUUCCGAGUUCCGCUGAACGGCUGCGGCUCCAGACCUUUGUGCAAUGCGUGUGGAACCAUAGACAAUGUCCUCAUAUUCCAGGGUGAUGAAUUUGUUCAGGGACCGAACGACUUUGCCAGAAAGGUUUCAUGCGCCGGUACAGCCCUGGAAGCAGGCGGAAAAUCAGAACAGUCCCAUGUGCUCAAACUGAAACCGUUCAUGGUUGAUAUGCUGGACGUAGUGGCUGUGGAAGGACCGGCUGGUGGCGUCGAGUGCUGGAUGGACAUCCAGAAGGGAGUCUUCCCCAACACUUAUCCACUAGAGAACUCAAUAAAGAUUGGAGAGUAUUUAACCAUACUUAUUUAUUUGAAAGAUGUCAGAAAUCAAUUCAGUCUGAAAGUACACGAUUGUUGGGCCUACGAUAAUGAAGAUUAUGACAGUCCAAAGACCAGCAAACUUCAGUUGACUGACAAACAAGGAUGUCCUCAAAAGAAGAAGCUAAUUGAUUUCUGGCAAAGAUCAACGAAUACAGGAAAGAGUGGAGCAACCCUCAUUACAUAUAAUAAAGUUAGCGCUUUCCGUUUCCCAGAAACAGAUCAAGUUUACUUGACGUGCAACGUUGAGCUUUGUACCAACAACUGUGAUGUCAGAUGUGGAGGAAGUGUAACAGAAAUAACAACUACAUUCAAACCUCAAGUAAAAUGCUAUCCAGGCUCUCCAGAACCACAGUGUCAAACUGCUUCCCCACAAUUUAUUUGUAUUCCCGGAUCAAACGAUCCCCGUUGCUCCCAACCAUCAACACUUACCCCACCAAAAUGUUUCCCAGGUAGUUCCGAUCCACGGUGUCCAAAGCCAACCACUCCAGAAAAACCCAGAUGUUUCCCCGGCAGCACUAACCCUCGUUGUCCCCAACCAACUACACCUGUCCCACCAAGAUGUUACCCUGGCAGCUCCGAUCCUCGUUGUCUCCAGCCAACAAGUCCAAAGCCAGUUUGCUAUCCUGGAUCUCUUAAUCCAGAAUGUCCACAGCAACCGCGACCGUCAACAUUAACUCCAGCUACCUAUUUACCUCCAACAACCGAAGAAUCGACAACUCCCGAAUCACCAAGAUGUUAUCCUGGUAGCUCUGACGCUCGUUGUCCAAAGCCAACCACUCAAGAACAACCCAGAUGUUUCCCCGGCAGCUCUGAUCCUCGCUGUCCUCAACCAACUACACCUGCUCCACCAAGAUGUUUCCCAGGCAGCUCGGACCCUCGUUGUCCCCAGCCAACAACACCUUCCCCACCAAGAUGUUAUCCUGGUAGCUCUGACCUUCGCUGUCCAAAACCGACAACGCCAGAACAACCAAGAUGCUACCCAGGUAGCUCUGAUCCUCGUUGUCCCAAACCAACAACACCUGCCCCGCCAAGAUGUUUCCCAGGUAGUUCCGAUCCACGGUGUCCAAAGCCGACCACUCCAGAACAAUCCAGAUGUUUCCCCGGCAGCACCGACCCUCGUUGUCCCCAACUAACUACACCUGCCCCACCAAGAUGUUUCCCUGGCAGCUCCGAUCCUCGUUGUCCUCAACCAACAACACCUUCCCCACCAAGAUGUUAUCCUGGUAGCUCUGACCCUCGCUGUCCAAAACCGACAACGCAAGAACAACCAAGAUGCUUCCCAGGUAGCUCUGAUCCUCGUUGUCCCAAACCAACAACACCUGCCCCGCCAAGAUGUUACCCAGGUAGUUCCGAUCCGCGCUGUCCUAAGCCAACAACUCAAAAGCCAGUUUGCUAUCCUGGAUCUCCUAAUCGAGACUGUCCACAGCCACCGAGACCGUCAACAUUGACUCCUGCCACCUAUUUACCUCCUACAAUUGAAGCAUCGACAACUCCCGAACCACCAAGAUGUUAUCCUGGUAGCUCUGACGCUCGUUGUCCGCCAACCACUCAAGAACAACCUAGAUGUUUCCCAGGCAGCUCUGAUCCUCGCUGUCCCCAGCCAACAACACCUUCCCCACCAAGAUGUUAUCCUGGUAGCUCUGACCCUCGCUGUCCAAAACCGACAACGCCAGAACAACCAAGAUGCUACCCAGGUAGCUCAGAUCCUCGUUGUCCUAAACCAACAACACCUGCCCCGCCAAGAUGUUUCCCAGGUAGUUCCGAUCCACGGUGUCCAAAGCCGAACACUCCAGAACAAUCCAGAUGUUUCCCCGGCAGCACCGCCCCUCGUUGUCCCCAACUAACUACACCUGCCCCACCAAGAUGUUUCCCUGGCAGCUCCGAUCCUCGUUGUCCUCAACCAACAACACCUUCCCCACCAAGAUGUUAUCCUGGUAGCUCUGACCCUCGCUGUCCAAAACCGACAACGCAAGAACAACCAAGAUGCUACCCAGGUAGCUCUGAUCCUCGUUGUCCCAAACCAACAACACCUGCCCCGCCAAGAUGUUACCCAGGUAGUUCCGAUCCGCGCUGUCCUAAGCCAACAACUCAAAAGCCAGUUUGCUAUCCUGGAUCUCCUAAUCGAGACUGUCCACAGCCACCGAGACCGUCAACAUUGACUCCUGCCACCUAUUUACCUCCUACAACUGAAGCAUCGACAACUCCCGAACCACCAAGAUGUUAUCCUGGUAGCUCUGACGCUCGUUGUCCAAAGCCAACCACUCAAGAACAACCUAGAUGUUUCCCAGGCAGCUCUGAACCUCGCUGUCCCCAGCCAACAACACCUUACCCACCAAGAUGUUAUCCUGGUAGCUCUGACCCUCGCUGUCCAAAACCGACAACGCCAGAACAACCAAGAUGCUACCCAGGCAGCUCUGAUCCUCGCUGUCCCCAGCCAACAACACCUUCCCCACCAAGGUGUUAUCCUGGUAGCUCUGACCCUCGCUGUCCAAAACCGACAACGCCAGAACAACCAAAAUGCUACCCAGGUAGCUCUGAUCCUCGUUGUCCUAAGCCAACAACACCUUCCCCGCCAAGAUGUUUCCCAGGCAGCUCUGACCCUCGUUGUCCUCAGUCAACAACACCUUCUCCGCCAAGAUGUUAUCCCGGUAGCAAUGAUCCUCGCUGCCCAAAACCGACAACGACAGAACAACCAAGAUGCUACCCAGGUAGCUCUGAUCCUCGUUGUCCUAAACCAACAACACCUACCCCGCCAAGAUGUUACCCAGGUAGUUCCGAUCCGCGCUGUCCUAAGCCAACAACUCAAAAGCCAGUUUGCUAUCCUGGAUCUCCUAAUCGAGACUGUCCACAGCCACCGAGGCCGACAACAUUGACACCUGCCACCUACUUACCUCCUGUAAUCGAAGCAUCGACAACUCCCGAACCAACAAAAUGUUAUCCUGGUAGCUCUGACGCUCGUUGUCCAAAGCCAACCACUCAAGAACAACCUAGAUGUUUCCCAGGCAGCUCUGAUCCUCGUUGUCCUAAGCCAACAACACCUUCCCCACCAAGAUGUUAUCCUGGUAGCUCUGACCCUCGCUGUCCAAAACCGACAACGCCAGAAGAACCAAGAUGCUACUCAGGUAGCUCUGAUCCUCGUUGUCCCAAACCAACAACACCUGCCCCGCUAAGAUGUUUCCCAGGUAGUUCCGACUCACGAUGUCCAAAGCCGACCACUCCAGAACAACCCAGAUGUUUCCCCGGCAGCACUGACCCUCGAUGUCCCCAACCAACAACACCUUCCCCACCAAGAUGUUACCCUGGUAGCUCUGAUCCUCGCUGUCCUCAACCAACUACACCUGCCCCACCAAAAUGUUUCCCAGGCAGCUCUGACCCUCGCUGUCCAAAACCGACAACGCCAGAACAACCAAGAUGCUACCCAGGUAGUUCCGAUCCACGCUGUCCUAAGCCAACAACUCAAAAGCCAGUGUGCUAUCCUGGAUCUCCUAAUCCAGACUGUCCACAGCCACCGAGACCGUCAACAUUGACUCCUGCCACCUAUUUACCUCCUACAACUGAAGCAUCGACAACUCCCGCACCACCAAGAUGUUUCCCAGGCAGCUCUGACCCUCGUUGUCCUCACUCCGAUCCUCGUUGUCCCCAGCCAACAACACCUUCCCCGCCAAGAUGUUAUCCCGGUAGCAAAGAUCCUCGCUGCCCAAAACCGACAACGCCAGAACAACCAAGAUGCUACCCAGGUAGCUCUGAUCCUCGCUGUCCUCAACCAACUACACCUGCCCCACCAAAAUGUUUCCCAGGCAGCUCUGACCCUCGCUGUCCAAAACCGACAACGCCAGAACAACCAAGAUGCUACCCAGGUAGCUCUGAUCCUCGUUGUCCCAAACUAACAACACCUGCCCCGCCAAGAUGUUACCCAGGUAGUUCCGAUCCGCGCUGUCCUAAGUCAACAACUCAAAAGCCAGUUUGCUAUCCUGGAUCUCCUAAUCCAGACUGUCCACAGCCACCAAGACCGUCAACAUUGACUCCUGCCACCUAUUUACCUCCUACAACUGAAGCAUCGACAACUCCCGAACCACCAAGAUGUUAUCCUGGUAGCUCUGACGCUCGUUGUCCAAAGCCAACCACUCAAGAACAACCUAGAUGUUUCCCAGGCAGCUCUGAUUCUCGCUGUCCUCAGCCAACAACACCUUCCCCACCAAGAUGUUAUCCUGGUAGCUCCGACCCUCGCUGUCCAAAACCGACAACGCAAGAACAACCAAGGUGCUAUCCAGGUAGCUCGGACCCCCGUUGUCCAAAACCAACAACACAAGCACCACCUAGAUGUUUCCCAGGCAACUCCGACCCUCGUUGUCCCAAGCCCACGACUUUAGAACCUCCUAGGUGUUACCCUGGUAGUUCUGAUCCCCGUUGCCCAUCGUCUCCUAGUCCGACCGAGUCUACACCAAGCUCUUGUUACCCAGGAUCAAAGGAUCCCAAAUGUCCUCAACCAUUUGCACCUAGCAGUACAAAUCCGCCAUCUACUUACCUCCCACCCUUCCCAUCUGAAAACGAAGUGUUAUCUAAGAAGAGUAAACUAGCCCAAAAAACUUUCGACUAUUAUGAUGAUACGGACUCCGACAGCGGUGGCUUCGAAUCUUCACGAACGCAACCAAGGACUAGAAAAGUGAGAGAUCUCAGCAAAACACUGGAUGAGUCUGCUGAAGUAACAUACAAUGCGACAUCCAAUUUGUACUUCGGUGUCCUUGGUUCAGCGGUACUUAUCGUAAUAUUAGCAGCAUUUGCUGUCCAUUUCCGAUCCAGUAGAAAAACCGGCAAUGUAACCAACCCAUGCUAAAUAUCAUUUGUUUAUGUCGAAUUGUGAUACUCUUAUGGAUUAAUUAUUGUAACAAGGAAUUUUAAGUUUAUUACUACUAUAACAAGAAAUAUAUAUAUUGCACGUUAUGUGUCUACCAUUUUAUAUUUUGAACUUGAUUCUUGUAAUAGCAGAGUCAUUGUUAUGAUCAGAGAUAAUGAUGAAAUAACUAUUGUUUAACUAAUAAUUGGUUUUACAUAAUAAUAGUUAUAUUUCAUGUUUAAUGUAAUAUUUUACUUAUUCGGAAAUACUUUUAGAGACUUAGUAAUUGGUAAGCGUAUUCGUAGCACCAAGACCAAUCAAAUUCUGAAUUUACUAAAUCGAAUUAUAUAGAGCUAUACCUACGUUAUCUCUGAACAAAACAUAUCCCUACACUGCCCUUUGUAUUAAAUAAGUAUUUUCACGCAUUUUAUAUUUAACAAUAAGUUUAAAAAAUAAUGUAUAGUCGAUAGUGUAUCUAUAAUAAACCGAUUUAUGGACAAUAUAAUAUAACGAUAUCAAAUAACAAUGAACCUUUUGUAAACAUUACCUUGGUUAAUGUGCCAUAAGAUUGUGAAAUAGUUGAAUUAUAAAUAUAUAAAAAGGAAUUAGCAACCCUAGUCAAAAUAACCAGAAAGAUAUAUCUGUAUAAACUAUGUAAUUAUCUUCGAUACAUUCUUGUAAAUAUUGUCAGAUUCUGUGGCCAUUAUAAUGUAAUUAACAGAUAGAAUUACUUCUACUCAAUAAUUUAUAAUCAUUCUGUGUUUUGUGUGUAUCGUUUAACUUGGAUUUUAUAUCGGACCUUUCACAAAUUCGUUUGAGCCAUAACAUUAUUUAAGAAUUAGUUCAAUGAACAACCGCAAGAGGCGCUGUGUAGUUUUAAUACAAUAUAAUAUUACUAUGACAUCUCUACUAUUGAAAGCAGAGUCGUGAAGUCCUGAUAACGUUAGCUGGCUCAAGAUGUGGUUUCGAUAUUAAUAAUAUUAUUUUAUAUAAAAAUGUAUACAAUUCACAGAAUGAUCAUAAAAUACUUUUAAUGUUACGAUUUAAAUAAGAACGCGUAUUGAGUCAGAUAAAUAAACAUUCUAUGAAUGUG